AUGUCUGAAUUGAUACAACUAAAAGAUGGACAAAAAGUAGGAGAUUGGACGAUUAUGAAGAAACUGGGUGAAGGAGGAUUCGGAGCCGUCUAUCUCUGCAAAAACAAAGAAGGCGAACAGAACGCAUUGAAGGUAGAAGCGGAAAAUGAUCCACUUGGUCUGCUUAAAAUGGAAGUUUAUGUAUUGAUGGAGUUAAAGAAGACGAAAUUUCAAGCUCGUCACUUUCUCGGUUUAAAGGAUCGUGGACACGUUCCUGGAAAAUUUAACUAUGUAGUCAUGACAUUGGUCGGCAAAAGCUUACAAGAACUUCGUAAUGAUGCGCCGAUGAAGAAAUUCUCAAUGGGGACAGCGAUCUCUGUUGGAAAGCAGUGUCUAGAAGCGCUGGAAGAUCUGCACAACGUUGGCAUUCUGCACCGAGACAUCAAACCUGGCAACUACACAAUUGGACGAAAGGAACUCAACGAACUCAGAAAGGUAAAGAAUGAACACUCGAAUCGGUUCGAACAAGCAGCAGCUAACAUCAAACCUGGCAACUACACAAUUGGACGAAAGGAACUCAACGAACUCAGAAAG